GUGUGUGUGUGUGUGUGUGUUUGUGUGUGUGGUAUUGUGUCUGUGUUUGUCCUCCCACUGCAGUAAAUAGAGAAAUAAAAGAUGAGAGAGUGUUGUGAAGUUCUCCUCCUCUAGCCGCUCAGUCUGGAGUCUUGGCCAAAUUUCCGCUGUGGUGUAGGUGUGGUGCCCGUCUCUCUCGUUCUUUCACAUAGACACAGAGACAGCGGCAGACAGCGUUGAUGUGGGAGUGCUGUCGCUCUCGGCGGGCAGGAGUCCAGCGUUCUGCCACACCAAACCGGGCACCUCCAGAAGAGGACCCCAGGGGUCGGGCAGGUCAAAGGUCCCGUCACGACGGCCCGCAGGAACAUCCCUGACUUCCUGUUUCUGGAGGUGGUGGGGCGGCAGGAGGUGGACUGGAGGAAUGGUGGGACGGCCGCACACACAUUUACUGUGAGAAUGUCCAGGGGGGAAUGGCGGAGCAGACAGCCAGGCGAAGACCACUGUCACGUAGCCAACUUUCACCAUCUAAGAGAGGGAGAGACCUUCCCGUCCACACGGCCCACACAACAUUUGCCGACAACAGCUUGCUUUAACCGUGGUGGUCUUGCUGGAAUGAAUAUAUCUGAGUCUAGUUGCUGUCAAGAGGCCAGUUCUCAGCCCAGCCAGGUUGUGGAGCGCGGGACAUGGGGUGCCUCCUCCAGCACUCUGGGCCCUGACCGGGGACAUGGUUUUGACCGCAGCCGGACCACAGAGCUGGCGCCGGUGCCCGGCUCUGGAACGCGGACUGGGUCCCGGAUCGGAGGGUCCGCAGCAGAGGUCAGGACGGGAAGCCCGGACUCAACCCGCCCUGGAGCUCUGACCUUGGGCCCCGGUGAGGGGAAAUCAGGGGGGGAGUCGAGGAUCAGGAGGCCUAUGAAUGCCUUCAUGGUGUGGGCAAAAGAUGAACGAAAACGUCUGGCCGUCCAGAACCCGGACCUGCAUAACGCCGUGCUCAGUAAGAUGCUGGGUCAGUCCUGGAAGGCUCUGAGCACACUAGACAAGCGUCCGUUUGUGGAGGAAGCUGAACGGCUCCGCUUGCAACACCUCCAGGAUCACCCCAACUACAAAUACCGUCCUCGCCGCAAGAAACAGCCCAAGAAGAUGAAACGAGUGGAACCGGGUCUGCUCCUCCAAGGCCUGGCCCACGGAGGUCCGGGACCCGGAGACGCCUACUCGCCCCACCGCCAUGCCCAUCAUCUGCUGCCUCCUCUGGGACACUUCCGAGACCUCCACCACUCUGGAGCUCCAGAGCUGGAGAGUUUCGGCCUGCCGACGCCAGAGAUGUCCCCUCUAGACGUGUUGGAGGAGGGAGGCGGAGAUUCUGUGUUUUUCCCCCCUCACAUGCAGGAAGAUGUGGGUCUGACUUCAUGGAUAAACUACCACCAGCAUCCAAACCAUCAGACUGGCCACCACCCUCACCACAACUCCCAUAACCUCCAGCAUUCCCACCCACACCUCAACCAGAAGUCUCCGCUGGCCUGCCUCCCACUGCAGGAGAAAUGCCUGGUGGUCGAGUCCACGAACCCUAACAGUCUCUACCCCAACAUGAGCCUCCCAGAAUCCUCCAAGGCUCCUCACACUCCCACACCUACAGGCUAUUACGGUCAGAUAUACGGGAGCAGUCAGCCCCAACCCGCCUUCACCUCUCAUUUGGGCCAGCUGUCUCCUCCGCCCGAGACCUCGGCUGUGGCCCAGGUCGCUCCGCCCUCUCUGGACGCUGUGGACCAGCUGGGACCCUCGGCUGAAUUCUGGGGCGAAGUGGACAGGAUUGAGUUUGACCAAUACCUUAGUGCAAGCAGGACUCGAUUGAGCAGGAACGCCCCUUGCGAGGAGAGCAGUGCUUUGAUAUCAGCCCUGUCCGACGCCAGCAGCGCCGUCUACUACAGCGCAUGCAUUACGGGAUAAAACUGCGAACUCCACGCAGACCUGAAGUCUGGUGCACAUACGAGUCUCAGAUCUUUUGAAUCAUUCGAGUUACCUUCUUCAGGGAAUCAUCUUGCACCGUUUCACGAAUCACUGGAGUUUACUGAACUCUAUACAUGUCAAGGAUGGUUCUCACAAUAUAGACUUCACUAAAUUGCAUUUCACAGUAUGACUAGUCAUUUCUGGUCUUGAUAACCUGUACUUUCUAAGACUGUGGUCGAAUUUAACCGAUAAUUUUGCUGACUCCAUCCAGCUACUGUAUGCUUACGGUCUCAAAUGAGGGUACUGGGACGUGGAAGUCAAGAAUGUGAAUAUUUUGUUGCUAUAUAUACAUAUGUCUUUCUAUUUGCUUUUUAUAUUAUUUCUAUUUUUAUAGACAUUUUAUAUAAGGUUGAAUGAAAAUACGUUUUGCACUGGGUAUGUGAAAACCACUCAAGACUCUUUUAUACUGCACUUAAUAUCUUUCAAAUACACUUUUCCAUGACAUCUGAAGUAUUUCGAUCUAUUGGCGACUAAUUUAUCGUGCAUUCUUCCCUUUUGUGUGGCUGAAUAUGUUUGAAUUGGGACAUGUGGACAUGAAAUUUUGUAAUCCUCUUAGCACUUGAGGAACAUGCUGAGUUGGUAAUAACUCUCCCCCUUUUGGUAAUAAUUAUCUUCAAAUAAAAAGAGUUUGCAAUAAAAAAUGUCUCAGAGCUAUUAAAUCAAAGCAAUUAAAUUGAAAACACACAAUUGUAUAUAGUAUUUAACUAACACACUUUCCCACACCACAGAGUGCAUGUGCUUUCUAGACGUUUGUUUCUUUUUAAAAACAGUUUUUAAUUAAAGAAAUUGUAUUACACAUCAAAAUGUAUCAAUGCAUUUUUUUUUUGCUAAAUAAAGUUGUCACUAAA